GGAGUUAAUUACUGAAAUUCUACUGUAGCUAAAUUUUGCAAAGUCAUUAUGACAGAACAUUUCAAACACAAAGAAAUACACAUUAUCAACACAAAUACAAACAAAUUUUACGAUAACUCGACGUGAGAUAAGAAAGCACAGAUUCGAGUGAAACACAAAAUAUCGAACAGUAAGCGUUCGACUUUAAUUGAAAUUCAUUCACUGCCAUUAUCAUAUUAUAUGCAAAUCGAAUAUGGUUUGCAUUGAAUUGUUGACCAGUUUGGUUGUAGUUUUCCUUGCUUUGUAUUAUUACUUUACGUCGACCUUCAAUUUUUGGAAGACUCGUGAUGUACCUGGACCAAAACCAGUACCUGUGUUAGGUAACCUCAAAAAUAUCAUAAAUGGUCACUCCGCGAUAGAUGACUAUAUAACGAAACUGUAUUAUGAAUACAAGAAUGAACCCAUGAUCGGAAUAUUCGUGAAAAGAACACCGAAUCUCAUAUUGACCGAUCUGGAUCUUAUAAAAGACGUUCUGAUCAAGGACUUCUCCACCUUCAAUGAUCGAGGAAUUACCCUUUUCCCGAGAGCAGAACCGUUGUCCUUAAACAUCUUCAGCUUAGAAGCAGAAAGAUGGCGUCCACUGAGGAUGAGGCUCUCGCCGAUAUUCACGUCCGGAAAAUUGAAAGAUAUGUUUCCGUUGAUACUCGAAUGUUCCAACGCGCUAGAAGGGUGUUUAGAGAAAAUAAUCAAGGAAGAAAAACUUCUGGAUUGUCGAGAAGUAGCAGCAAGGUUCACUACGGACGUGAUAGGAAGCUGCAUCUUUGGGAUCAGUAUGAACGCGCUGGCCGACGAAGGAAGCGAAUUUCGGCAACUGGGAAAAAGGAUGUUCGAAGUUGGUAACAAGGCACGGUUAAGAGGUAUUUUGAGAGAAGUUGCACCGUGGUUGUACUGUACACUCGCGUUGCUGCUACCUUCGCACAAGGUGACCACAUUUUUGACGAAGAUGGUCUCGGAGACUAUACGGUACAGGAAAGAGAACAGCGUCGUCAGACCGGAUUUCAUAAAUGUGCUGAUGGAACUGAAGUAUAAUCCGCACAAAUUAGAAAAUAUCGAGGUGACGGAUACUUUACUGACCGCACAGGCUGCCAUUUUCUUCGCGGCGGGCUUUGAAACUUCUUCCAGCACGAUUGGACAUGCUUUGUACGAAAUGGCGUUGAAUCCUGAAGUGCAAGAGAAGCUUCGGAAAGAAAUCAAAGAAUUCUAUGAGAAGAAUAAAGGAAAUUGGACGUACGAGAACAUCAAAGAAAUGAGCUAUUUGGACAAAGUAUUCAAAGAGACACUUAGGAAGUAUCCACCAGUCACGGUUCUAAAAAGAAGAUGUAACAGUAAUUACACCUUUAGUGGUACAAAAGUGUCUAUUCCGAAAGAUACUGUAGUUCACAUUCCUGUAUACGCAAUUCACACCGACCCUGAUCAUUAUAAGAAUCCGGAAGUUUUUGACCCUGAGAGGUUUAACGAGGAUGCGGAGGCCAGUCGACACCCUAUGUGUUUGUUGCCCUUCGGAGAUGGGCCAAGAAAUUGCAUCGGUGCACGUUUCGCAGUUUAUCAAACUAAAAUAGGACUAAUACAGAUGCUGAAAAAUUAUAGAGUUGAUGUUAGCGAUGAAACAAUGAUUCCAUAUGAAAAGCAUCCGUUUUCUCAUUUAUUGGCGCCAAAAAGAAGUCUCCUCUUAAAGAUAAGCAAAGUGCAAAGUCAAACCAGCGAUUCCAACAAUGUACAUAUUGGCGAAUAGAAAUAGUCAUACCUAAUAAGAUAUACUGUAAUAUAAACAAUUAUUAAGAUAUUGUAAAUUGUUUGGCUUUUCAAGAAAUUGAAUUUAAGGUACUGUAUAAUUGUAGAAACAUUUAAAAAACAUGUGGUAACAGGUUGUCCUUGUUGCUCGUAUAGAAAGUAAUGCAGGAGGAACAAGGAUAGAUAAUCUUGAGCUUUUUAAUUUCGCCGUAUGAGGUCUCCAAAGUCACUGCUACUCCAUUUUAAAUUUGAAAUUAUCGAAGUGACAGUGACGCUAUCGUUCUGUGCCAGUUUAAUUAAAUUGUGUGUGAUAAUUGUGAUAAUUGCAAUUCUACUUUUCGAAUCUGCAACAAUCGUCGAAUGUACGUACUUUUAUUAUAUUUUUGUAUGUUUAUUUUCAUUUGUUAUCGCUUAUUUUUUAUAUUAAUGAUUUGGCAUGAAAUCGGCAUUUUUCUCGAACAAAUUUUGCGGGAAAUGUGCUUUUUUUCUGUCGACUUUCCUUUUAGUAAUUAUUAGAAAUUUAUGUCGACUUUAUGUACUAACGCAUGCAAAUGUUUAAAAGCAUUAUUUAAUAAUGUAGAAGCAUUAUUAAACAUUUUCGAGAAAAAUGUAAAAAUUAUUUUUACUGU